UAAAUCAUAUAUGGGGUUAUCAUUACUUUUCUUCUCAUUUCGAUGCUUAAUUCUCUGGCUUUUAUUCCUUUAUUUUUCAGUACUUGUUCGCUUCACUUGUUGUGUGCAAUCACUUUGUCAUGAAAAUGAGCGCUUUGCCUUGUUACAGUUCAAGGAAAGCAUGAUCAUCAAUAAGUUUGCUUCCUCUGAACCUUCUGCUUAUCCCAAGGUUGCAUCUUGGAAAGCUAAUACAAACUGUUGCUCAUGGGACGAAGUCACCUGCAAUGAGGUUUCCGGUCAUUUGGUCGAGCUUGACCUCUCUAGUAGUUGCCUUUAUGGUUCUAUCAACUUUAGCAGUAGUCUCUUCCAUCUUGUCCACCUUACACGACUUAGCUUGGCUGAUAAUGACUUCAAUGGCUCUAAAAUCCCUUCUACAAUCAAGAACCUUUCCAAGUUAUCGUAUCUGAGCCUAUAUAAUUCUAGUUUUUCUGGUCAAAUACCAUUAGAAGUGCUAGAGCUCUCAAAGUUGGAGAUCCUUGACACAACGUUUAAUUUCAACUUGAAACUCCAAAACCCAAGUCUAAGAAGCCUACUUGAGAAUUUAACUCAGCUCAAACAACUUUAUCUUGGUCACAGCAACAUUUCUUCACCGAUACCUGAUAUCUUGGCAAAUUUAUCUUCGUUGACUACUUUAUCUCUCAAGGGUUGUCAAUUGCAAGGUGAAUUCCCUGCAAAGAUAUUCCAAUUACCCAACCUUCAAAUUCUUAGUGUGCGUUUUAAUCCAAAUCUCUCUGGAUCCUUGCCAAAAUUUCAAAACAACAGCCCCCUUGAAGAAUUGAGAGUUGCGAACACGACAUUUUUUGGGGAGAUUCCAUAUUCAAUAGGGAGUCUUAAUUCCUUACAGAUCCUAGAUGUAAGUUCUUGCCUUUUUUUUGGAUUGAUUCCACCUUCUCUUGGAAAUCUUUCUUCUUUAAAAGAAUUAGACCUUUCUAUGAACUAUUUUUCAAGCCAAGAUUCUCAUUCAUUGUCAUGGAUGGGCCAAUAUAGUGAGCUUACUUAUUUAGGCCUUGCAGGGAUCAACUUAGUUGGUGAAAUUACCUCUUGGGUCACAACCUUAAAAAACCUUACCAAGAUCACUCAUCUUUUCUUUAAUGACAAUAAAUUUUCAGGUAAGUUGCCAGCUACCCUUGGAAAUCUUUCUUCUUUAGAAGAACUAGAUCUCUCUAUGAACAAUUUUUCAAGCUAUGAUUCUCAUUCAUUGUCCUGGAUGGCCAAUAGUAAACUUACUUUUUUAAGCCUUUUAAAGACCAAUUUAGUUGGUGAAUUUCCCUCAUGGGUCAUGAGCUUAAAAAGCCUUACUCGUUUAUAUUUGAGCCAAAAUGAAUUAAAUGGUAUAAUCCCUUCUCAAAUUAGAAACUUGACACAACUGAAAAAUCUUGCACUUGACUCAAAUCAAUUCCAAGGCCUAUUUCCUAGCGCUCUUUAUCAUCUCGAGAGCCUUGAAUUGCUUUACCUUGAUUCAAACAUUCUGAAUGGCACAGUAGAUAUGGACAUGAUUGCUUUUAAAUUCAGAAAUUUAAAAUAUUUCAGUCUCUCUUCAAACAAUUUUUCAUUGCUCAUUGUUACCAAUGGUUAUACUGAAUUUCCAAAGUUUAGUCAUCUUGGAUUGGGGUCCUGCAACCUAAAUAAGUUCCCAAGCUUCUUGCGGAACCAAGAUCAAUUAACGGACCUAGACCUUUCCUCAAACAAGAUUGCUGGAAAAAUACCUAGAUGGUUUUUGAACGCUGGAUAUGUGCCAAAAAGCAUUACCUCAUGCACAUUCAGAUUCAAUGAGAACCUGGCCAGUAAACAGGUUUAUGAUGACUGGAACCUUGGGUUGGGGGAAGGUGUUGCGGUAUCCCAAGGUGAAAUUAUAGUGGCCGAUGUAUAAUCCCAUGUGUUCCUUGUGCUCAUGACUUAUUUAGUGUUUCUACCUGUUUAAAUUUUAUGUUUCCUGCAGCUGAUUAAUCAUGCUAAUGUUUGCCAAACCAUCUUUCCUUUUCUUCUUAAAGCUCAGGGUAUGAAGAACAAAGUGCCAGAGAAGUUGAAUUUUGGUUUCCUGCCUCUGAAAGAGGAUCUGUUUGCUUUUAGACAAUUCACUUGUUAGAUCAAUUUAAAUCUAGUUUCUUUAGUCAACAGCCUUAUCUUCAACUUCACGUAACUUUUAGAUUGCUUUUUCUUAUGCUGACUGUAUACAUAAUUCUUUAUUUUCAUUUUGUUCAUUGGUGAAUGACUGAAGGUUCAGAUUAGCAGAAGAGAUAAGCAGAUGAGGCAAUUGUCUGAAGACUCCAAGUCCUCCCCUUGAAUUUAAAUUUCCACUAAGUCACAUCAUAUUUUCCAGACUAUUUGACCUCUAUUGGAUUGCAGAAGCCACCCACAGAUUUGUAACUUAUUAUAACAGAGUUGGAAUUAAUGUCAUCGAAAUUUUCAGGAAAUUAUAUAAGUUAAACAAAAUAAUAGCAACAUCACAGCCUAAGCUGAUGUAGAAAACUAUCAAGAGCAUGUCAAAUUGUGUUUAAAUUCUCAAUGUGAUUUUCAGAGAAAUUCAGCUUUGCAUUGGAUUAG